AUGGCCAUGAGAAGUAAACAUGGGAUUGAAAUUCUGAACAAGUUGUUGGCGGAUGGUGAUAAGCUAGCUCCAGAAGAUAAGCUAUUUACCUAUAAAGGGAUUUUGUAUCCUCUUGCUGUUUGCAAGCUAGAAAAUUUCCAAGCUCUUGAAACCUUUGAAGCCAGAAUGGAUGAUGUGAUCCUGGUAGGAUAUCCUAAAACAGGUGAGUAGCCAUAUUUUCUACCCAACAAAAAUGUCUUAUGAAAGGCAGUAUAUGAAGAACAUAACCAUACAUGGAACAUAUUCAGUAUAAAUUUUUUUUAUAAAGGUGCAGUUACAUAUAGCCAAGAUUUUACGAUGAAUCUAUAUAGCCCAACCACGAUGAGGAAGGAGUCAUGGGAGGAGUACUUAUAUGACUCUCCUUGUUUAUAUACUCAAAAAAAAUGGAGAACUGUCUGAUUUGACUUCACCCCAGAUUACACAUUCAUGUUUGAUCAUUGAUAAUUCCAUUAUUGAUCUAGUCAAAAUAAAGUCAAGAUUAAAAGUUCAUUUAUAAUAGAAUGUCCAAAAUUCAGAAUUGAUGCAUGGACAUCACGACUCUGUUCUCCACAUCUUUAGAUCAUUUGCUUCUCCCCUCUCCCACACCCUGGUGACACUAAUGUGCACAUGUAGUUUGAUAAAACACUUCAACAAAAGCAAAGUUGUUGUGCUUGUACAUGCAACUACAGCACAAUUUAUUUUCUGUGGGGCUGUUACUGUGCCCACAUGUCCAUUCAAAAAGAGUCUUGACAGAAUUGUAUGUGCAAUUACAUCAAGUUUGCUUUUUUGAGAUGUCCUCAAUGUCAAUUUAUUCAUAUAUCAACUUAUCAGUAUCAAUUAUCAUGUAAUGUGAAGGGAGCAGGAUGACCAAUGAACUGAAGCACAUAUCUGCAAUAUUCAGAAAGAAAAAAAUGGGAACAUUGGUGAAUUCCUAAUGCAUUGGUUCCUUUAGAAAGUAAACCAAUUGCUUCAACAUUCUGGCAUCUCAACAAGUCCAAUUAAUCCAGAACUCCAAAAGAUCUCAAGAUUUGAGAGAAACCAAAGCCGACCAAUUCACCCAUCCCUAAGUCACAGUGCUGUAGUCCCCAUCUGUCAGUCAGUAGGGGUGACACACGGAUAUUACCUGUAUAACCACAGUCCCUGAGGUUUUCUGGUCCAUAACUGCCCAUGCUAUCAUUGGUGAGAAGUCACCAGUAAAGGAUACCAGGGGACAUUUGUGGGCAGUGUCCUUGAGCAGCAGGGAUUUUCAUGAGCAAAAUAUUUAAAAGCAGCAUGAAGCCAGAGUGGUCAUGUGUGCCAGUCUCAAGUACAUACAUAAGACAUAAGUCAUCUGCUUCAGGUACAAAUUGGCUUGAAACCAUGCUCAGAGGCUUGGAAAUCAGAGCUGGGAAAUCUACAGAAGAGGAAAAGGAAAGAAGAAAGGCUAUUGAAGAGGAAUUAUCAGUGCCUUCACGCCUUGAGUUUGGAAAUCUAGAUGCAUUCAAGGUUAGUUCAUCAGCAAUCAGCACAUCACUGACCUUGUUUCAUCUCUGAAAAGCAUUUUAAGCACAGUUGUUGUUUUUGAAAAACACCUAUUAUUAUUAUUAUUAUUAUUAUUAUUCUGCACCCAUCAUGCUAGGAUUCCUCAGAUGCUCUGGGCAGCUUACAGGAAAUAUAAAAACAUGUGGGUGACUGUGCUCACAAUAAAAGACUUGUAUUUAUCACAUGACGCAUAUUCAAUUUUCUCCAGAGAAAUGGUAGCUAUGCCUGAAAGCGAUAAUUUGUGAAGGGCCCUUUGUAUGUUGUCAACACUUAGGAACUGAGCAGGCAAGGAAUUUAAUAAAUAGAAUAAAAAUACUCCAAUGAAAGAUCUAGAAUGAAAUGUUUCUGUUACAUGCAAUUUACAAGGUAGUGAAGAAAGGAAUGGAUUGACCACAGUGCUUAUUUCCUAUCUUAUUUAAGAGGAUGACGAAAUUACCUUCCAGAAGGAUCAUAGUAACUCAUCUCCCUCCUCAUUUAUUACCCAAAUCUAUUUUCAAAAGUAAAGCCAAGGUGAGUACAUACAUCUUAUAGUCUUUCAGCUAUAAUUCCUUUACAGCAGCAUUCACUUAAAUGUUAUUUCAGAGCAUUAUGAGCACAUUCUUAAAGCGUGAUUUAUCGGCAAAUAAAUGUGGGAAAUUGUUGGCCUGGCAAAUGAAAAAAAGACAAAAAUUCAAUACUAUCACGAAUUUGGAAGUGGAAGGAAAAAAUAUACAGAACUCAGUGGAGAUUAGGAAGUGUUUCCGGAGGUAUUUCAAACAACUUUAUACACAGGAGAAGCAGAAAGAAAUGGACAUUGAUCGAUUUUUGAAAAUAAAUGGACUACACAAAAUCUCUCAGGAAAAACAACUAAUGUCGAACUACAAAACAACGGACCAGGAGGUGGAAGGGGCUAUCCAGAACAUGCAAUUAGGUAAAUCUCCAGGACCAGAUGGUUUGACUUCAAGAUAUUACAGAUCUUUGAAAGAUUGGUUAAUACAACCAUUGAAGGAAGUCUGUAAUGAAAUUUUGGAAGGAAGAAAGGCACCAGAGUCGUGGAAGGAAGCUUACAUUACACUUAUACCGAAAACAGAGACUGAAAAGACACAGCUCAAAAACUACCGCCCCAUAUCGCUGCUAAACGUGGAUUAUAAAAUUUUUGCAGACAUUUUGGCCAAAAGAUUAAAAAAGGUGUUAGUAGAAGAAAUUCAUAAAGAUCAAGCGGGCUUUCUCCCGGGCAGACAUUUGUCUGACAAUAUGAGGAAUAUAAUUAAUAUUUUAGAAAAACUUCAAGUGAAUAUUAAUACUAAGGCUGUCUUGAUAUUUGUGGAUGCAGAGAAAGCCUUUGACAACAUUUCCUGGAGCUUUAUGAAGAAGAAUCUACAGGGGAUGGGGGUAGGUCAAGGUUUUGAAAAUGGUAUAGGUGCAAUUUACUCAGAACAAAAGGCAAAAUUAAUUGUGAACAAUGUAGUGACAGAAGAGUUUAAGAUUGAGAAAGGGACACGACAAGGUUGCCCAAUUUCUCCACUGCUUUUUAUAUCGGUCCUUGAGGUUUUGUUAAAUAUGAUAAGAAAGGACCAAAGGUAUACAAAGGUAUACAAGUGGGAGUUAAACAGUAUAAACUGAAAGCAUUUGCUGAUGAUUUAGUAUUGACCCUACAGGAACCAGAAUCUAGUACAAAAAGGGUAUUGGAACUGAUUCAAGAAUUUGGGCAAGUAGCAGGUUUUAAGCUGAAUAAGAUGAAAACUAAGGUCUUAGAGAAAAAUUUAACUGCAAAUGAGAGAGAGAAAUUCCAGGAAGAGACAGGACUAACAUUGGUUAAGAAAGUGAAAUAUUUUUUUUUAUAAGAUAUUUAUUAAGGUUUUCAGAAUAUUACAAGACAAAAAAAGAAAAAAAAGAAAAAAGAAAAAUACAAAAUAAAAACAGUUAAAAACAAUUCAUUCCUUCCAUUACUUAGCCUUCAUUUGCUUAUUUCCAGGACCUCCUCACACCUCCCUUUUUUGUAUUCCAAUUUAGUUAUUAGUUCAACAAAUCCCUCCCCUCUUUAUGUAUCCUAAUCGUUAAUCAUAAAGUAUUUGUAAUUUUAAAUUUUUACCUAUUAAUAAACCAUUUUUUUUUCAUAUUCCCUUAUAACAUUUUGGCUAAAGACCACUUAGUUUCUAUCUGACAUCAUUCUGACAUUCAUUAAUUUUGCAAUAUUUCUGUAAAUAGUCUAUAAACUUUUUCCAAUCUUCCAAUCCAAGUAUUGGAAGACACAAGAUUUGCUCACCCGGGAAGAAUGGCAGAUGAAGUUGAUGGACUACAUGGAACUGGCAGAAAUGACUUGCAGAAUCCGGGACCAGGGAGAAGAGUUGGUGGAAGAAGAUUGGAAAAAAUUUAAAGACUAUUUACAGAAAUACUGUAAAAUUAAUGAAUGUUAGAAAAAUGUUGGAAUGAAGUUAUAUGGCUUUAGUAGAAAUUAAAGGAAAAAUAAGGUUAGAAUGAGUUAAGAUAAUUAUAGGAUAGAAAACAGAGGAAGAUGGAAAGGAAUUGCUGAAAUAAUUAACAGAAGUGGAAUACAAAAAGGGAGGUGUGAGGAGGUCGUGGAAAUAAGUGAAUGAAAGAUGGGAUAAUGAAAUUGUUUGAUUUAUUUUAUUGUCUUUGUCUUGUUUUGUUAAUUUGAUGUGUUGAAUUUUAUUGUUUUUCUUUUUCUUUUUAGUGUUUAAGUUUUUGGAAAAAUAAUAAAUAUUAUUUUUUAAAAAAUCAAAAAAUCUUUGUGUUUCAGAUACUGGUGCUGAUUCGGAAUCCAAAGGAUACAAUGGUGUCUUAUUUUCAUUUUAACAAUAACCUUUCUGUCCUUCCUAAUUCAACAUGGGAUGCAUAUUUCACAGAUUUUAUGGAUGGAAAAGGUAUCCUUCUUAUUUUGAAAAAAAAUCAUGCAAGAGUAGUUCACAGGAUGGGAAGAGGUCCUGCAUCUGCCCCCCCCCCCAUUCUGAUGUCCAGGUGGCAGCAGAAGCUGGGAGUGUUAACCUUUGGUUAAUAUGCCCACUGAAUCCUUUCCUAGGGACUUAGGACCUAGACACUGUCAUGAAUGCUAUGGCAACCUGUUGACUUGACUACUGUAAUGUGCUUUAGCUGGGGUUGCCUUUGAAAAUAGGCCAGCAUCUUCCAUCUGUCCAGAAUCUAGCAGCAUGACUCGUGAUAGUGGACCUUCAUGAGCUGUGCUGUUCCCCAAUUUGUAUCUAGGCUAAUUUCAAAGUGCUGGUUUCAACAUUUAAAAUCCUACACGCAGGCACAUGCAUUCUUAAACAUCAGUGUCCGCAUGCAUGGGAAAGCAGAUCCAAUGAGCGUUCCCACAUGUGUGUAUGCAGGUGAGUUUAUGUGAGUACGCUAGCAGAGAGCCUGCUAAGUGUUAAAAUGUUGAUAUGCAGCUUUCUUCUUUUUAUCCAGUGUGUUGGGGCUCCUACUUUGACCAUGUCUCAGAAUGGGACAAGUACAUUGAUGAUGAAAAUGUCAUGGGCAUAUGUUACGAGGAACUUAAGGAGGUGAGGUUAACAUUAGCCCCAGGGAUAUCAAAACUAGGUUUCUUUGUGAAAUGCUGUCGAAGAGAUAAAUGCACAAGGACACUUUAUACGUGUCCUGUCUGUGAGGAGUGCGUACGGACUGUUAGGAUCGUCCUACUCUCGUGUAGGACCCUGGUAGAGACACAUGCCCAACUGGCAUGUUCUCUCCCUCCUGGUCUGUUGUUCGGGAGCUUCCAAAGUUUCUUCAGCCCAAACAUCACAGUGACUGAUACCAAGAAGCAUCAACACACUUAGGGAUCCACAGAGUAUUCACAGUUUGCGUAACAGAACUCAGUGGCACAGCAUUUUGGCUAAUCCACUUUCUGGAACACAGUAAUACCAAAACAUCCUGUCUCCGUCACUUCCCACUCUGGAAUGAAAACAUAUACUGUCAUGUGAUAGACAACAAUCCCAUGACUACAAACACGGAGCAGGAAUCCGAACACGGACAUGCCAUUUCAUGCCUGACCGUUUCCUGAAAUGCUCAUAACACAGUUGUUGUGUAGGCUCGUGGCCUACGCUGGCAGCUAAGCCAAAGAGAUGGUUUCUUCUGGCCAGAGUUUUGAGUAAUGUUAUUUAAAAAUAUAACAAAAAGAAAGGGAGAAAACAUUGCCAGCUGACAUACAAAAAUAGUAAUCCAUCAAUCCUAAUUUAAACAUAUAGCUUCAUAUGUCCAUAUGCCUAAAUAGGUAUUUAAAUGAGAUUGACAAAAGGGUAGUGAAAUCUUUGGACUACUGAGUAGUAGUUGAUGUUGAGACACAUUACUUUUGCCCCACUAUAGGUGUAAUGUUUUGACAUAUGCAAUAUGUUAUCUCUUGGUUUUUUGGGGGGGAAAGAUCAACAUUCAGAAUUGCAAAAAAAAAAAAAAAAAGAAGAAGGGGGGGAGCUGACUUCUUUGGGUUGGUCUCCACCUUCAGUGUAGGGUUAGAACUUUUAUAUUUUUAAAUUAUUUUAUGGGCAUAUAACAAAAGGAAAGGGGGGGGGGAAGCCAGCCGACAUGUACAAUAAAAAUUAACCCAUCAAUCCUAAUUCAAGCAUAUAGCUUUAUAUGUCCAUAUGCCUAAAUAGGUAUUUAAAUCAGAUUAACAAAAGGGUAGUAGUAGUAGUAGUAGUAGUAGUAGUAGUAGUAAUAACAGGCCCAUCAGACCUGUAGUAGUAGAUGGUACUAAGUUAAUUUAACAGACAUAUUACUUUUGCCCCACUAUAGAUGUAAUCAGUGCUUUUUUAUUGAAAAAGGUGUCAGUACUCACCAGCAAGCAGGGGGAGGAGCCAGUGUGGGGUGUGUGGCCUGAUGCCAAGUCUGGGCGGUGAGGGCGGAGUAGCUGCUUGAUGCUCCCUUAUCCACCCACCCACCUACCAGGGCGCUGCUGCUUGGGUGAAGAAGCCUCCCUUGCCUGACUUUGGGAAGGAGACAGCAGGCCUCCAGGAUCCUGUCAGAGCAUUGUGCCUCCUUGUCCUAAGCUGGACAAAUGCUUCCGAGAGCCCUCGUGCCACCUCCCCCCCCAAAAAAGGUGGCAGUACUACGUACUGUUACGUACAGCUAGAAUGAAAGGACUGAAUAUACUGUUUUGACAUGUUAUCUCUUGUUUUUGGGGGGAAAGGAUCCAAAUUUAGGAUUGCAAAAAAUCGCUAAAUUCUUUGGCUUUUCCGUGAACGAAGAAGAAAUUGAAAGUGUUGUAGAAAAUUGCCGUUUCAAAGCUAUGAAGCAAAAAUCUGCUGAAACUCAUGGAACAUUUGGAGAUGUUCUUUUCCGCAAAGGUAAAUUUCUAGGGUGGGGUGGGGGUUGAUAAGGUUAUUCACCAAUAGUUGCCUGCUAAGUGAUCACAACUAUGUAUAGGUACUUAUCAAUUUAUUUUUUGCGUAAGCUUCUUAAAGGUAGGGAUGCCACAAAGGGUUGCAAAGUUUAGUUUUCAGUCCAGACCUGUGAUUUCAAGGCAUAUAAGUUCUUCUUCUGGUUUUUUAUUUAUCAUUCAAGAACACAGGGUAUGGGAUUAGGAAUCUGUAUUUGAUUCUAUAAAAUCAGCCCAGAAGUUGUUGAGGAUUAUGAUGGAGAAAAAGCUGCCAUCAUCAUGUCUCUGGUAUCAACAUGCAGCAACCUUGGGAACUUGCUCAUGCCCCAUUGGGACCCCUUUCUAAUGCCUGCUCUGGACUCUCCUGUCCACAUAUUUCCCCCCAGUAGUAGACAGCGCAAAGCAACUGGGAGCCACCACUUAGAUUUCCCACAAUGAUUUGAUUCUGCCCCCUGUUUCCAAGAGCUAAGAGGGCACCCAUGGUAUAUGGGGGACUUGGCAUGGGAGGGAUCCAUCAGAAGGAACUAUACCAAGGUCCCCCUCACACCAUCAGGCACUCCUGUCUUUUGUGUUUCCUACAUUGUUGUCAGAAGUAGAUAAAUUGGAUAAUACAUUUUAAAAGAGAAACAUGUGGUGAUUUUUCAAAUAUCAGUUGGACAUACAUCCCACAAGAGCUGGUUGGAGAGUGUGGAAUAGGAUGUAUCUGAGUCCUACUUUACAGAAGACAGUGAUCUAUUUUUAAGAGCUGUUUCUAGUCGUUCUCUAGCUAAACGUGUCCUCUGUUUGAGGGCUGUCCAGUCCAAGGUUGGCAAGUCACUUGGGGUAUUCCUCAAUCUGGUGAGAUGUAUUUCUAUUUAAAUGCAUGCAAAUCCACUUUUUUUGACUUUGCAUGACUGUCUACUCUAUUGUCAAGCGAGAACCAAUUCACUGACCUCUUUUCAAGUUAAUUUUGACUUAGUUGUAAUUAACAGCUCCUGUGUGAGAGACUUAUGCACGGUGAGUGGUUAAUAAAUAGCAUGUUUCGUAGUAAAUCCUAACAGCAGCUGUGUGAUGUGUGGCUGAGGAGCAAACGAUUAUGGUUCCUUUCUGUCAAGGUCAGUUACCUCCUUUAGCCAACAAAUUCCAAAGGAGUCAAUAGGAGCAGCAGGCUCAGUGGAACAGAGGUGAAGCAACAGCCUUCCAACAGUGGAGCCACUGCUGCUUUGGAGGGGAAGGGAAGGCUAAGCAAGUCACAAGGGUGGGGCUGCACAGGAGCAACAGCAGAACACCUAUUGCUGCCAUCACACAGUAUUGACUUCAUUGCUGUCUUGGCUUUCCCUUUCCCUUUCCAGCAAGUGGCCAUGACACUGCAAAUCCACCCCACUGAAGAGACCCCAGUUUAAUAAAAUACCUUCUGAAUAUAUGUUAAAACUAGUCAUUUAUCUUAAAUGUUUGCAGGAUCUGUCGGUGACUGGAAAAGCCUUUUCUCUGAAUCUCAGAGCCAAGAAGUGGACAGAAGAUUUAAAGAGUGUUUAGCCGAAAGCAAACUAGGAGCAAAGAUGAAAUAUGAGGUUUACUGCAAGAUCUGA